GUGUGCUUAUUAAACAAUUUUCAUCAUUAUAUAUCUUGCGCAAUAUUUCUUUCUCUAGCCCAGAGUGAAACUAGACUUUGUUCAGUGAUAUUUAUUGUUAGGAAUUGGUUGAUAAAACAACUGAUUUUGUCGGAGUAUGGCAGAAGGAGUGACAGAUCAAACACCAAAAAAAGAAAUAAAAAAAUGUCGAAGCGACUUCAGAUUUGGUCAAGUGCUUGGCGAGGGUUCGUAUUCAACGGUGAUAUUGGCUGAAGAAAAAACAACUAAAAAGGAAUUUGCAAUAAAAAUCAUUCAAAAACGGCAUAUCAUGAAAGAAAGAAAAACUGCACAUGUCAUGCGGGAAAAGGAAUGCCUAAAAAGAUUGAAUCAUCCCUUUUUUAUCAAACUUUAUUUCACUUUUCAAGAUGAAGAAAAUCUUUAUUUCGGUCUGAGUGUGGCUAAAAAAGGAGAAUUGCUAGAUUGUAUUCUAGCUGCUAAAAAAUUUGAUUUUGUCACUACUCGUUUUUACGCCGGUGAACUUGUAGCAGCACUUGAGCAUAUGCACUCUAUCAAUAUUAUUCAUCGCGAUUUGAAACCAGAAAACGUUUUAUUAGAUGACAAUUAUCAUAUUCAAAUCACUGACUUUGGCACUGCAAAGGUAAUUGAAGAUGGCGACCUUUCGACAACGAGAACUAGUUCUUUCGUUGGUACCGCCCAAUAUGUUUCACCUGAGCUUCUCAAAGAAAAGCAAGCUUGCAAAGCUUCAGAUUUAUGGGCACUUGGAUGUAUUAUACAUCAAAUGCAUUGCGGAAAACCUCCCUUUCAAGCUCAAAAUGAAUACCUCACUUUUCAAUUGAUUUUAAAAUGUCAAUACGAGUUCCCGGAAAUUUUCCAUGAAGAUGUCAAAGAUAUUGUCGAACGAUUAAUUGUGAUAGAUCCUCAGGCACGACUUGGUAGCAGUGAUCAAGAGGGAUAUCCAUCGCUAAAGUCACACAUUAUGUUUGAAGGUGUGGACUGGGAAAAUAUUGCGAACCAGCCUGCUCCUAAAAUAAUGGCAUCGUUGCAGAAAAUUUCCAAUGGACAACAGCAAACCAAUAUUCAUGAAUUGGUUGAUGAUUUUGAUCAUGCUAUGUUGAUUGAUGCCACUGGGACAACACAGUCUUCAAAAACAAGUGAAGAUCAACUUUCAUCUUGUGAUCCUUCGGACACUGAGGGGUUCGGACUCUCGGUAAAUUUACCUGAAACAGAGAAGCAGAAUUGGAUGGAAAAGCAGAAGUCUUCCAAAUGGCAUUCGUUUUGUAAAGGGAAACUUAUACUGAAACGAGGUAUGAUGGAAAAGAAGAGAGGGCUGUCUGUAAAACUAAGGCAGUUUAUAUUAACCGAAGGACCCAGGCUUAUUUAUGUUGAUCCGGUAUCUCUGCAACAAAAAGGGGAAAUUCCAUGGUCUGAAAAACUUUCUGUCGAGUUGAAAACCUUUCGUAUUUUUUAUGUGCACACGCCAAAUCGCACAUAUCACCUGAUUGAUAAAAGUAACAAUGCUAUUAAAUGGUGCAAAAAAAUUCAGGAAGUAUCAAGGCAUUACUUUGGAAAUAGUGAAAAGGGUAACUCUUCUUCAUGACGCCAGGGUUGUCAGGUUUGUUAGAUAGGGAUGUCCAUUAUGCUCAAAUUUUCAAAAAGGGGUCUGCUAUCUUUAACAUUGGAGAUGUGUCGAUAAAUCUGUAACACUAAAAUCCAUAGUAUCUUUUAUUCAAGCAAUGUUGUAUGUUUUAGAGAGCAUAUUAUCAAUUUCAGAAUGCUAAAUUGGUGAAUUAUCUUUAAAUCAGCAUAUCAAAUUUAUUUAGUGAAUAAGUAAGUCAAAAUUUUUUUUUUCACCCAGUAAAUAAAUCAAUCAGACACAAAUUAUGAGAAAAUGACAAUUGCACCCUGUUUCUGGGGAAGGGAAGCCAAGUGGAACCAAAGCUGAUUAUUGAAUAGUUUAAAACAGCUGCCAAGAGUGUUGUUUGUUUUGAAACUACUGUUAUGGACAUGAUGAAGCAUAUAAAUUUGACGAAUUAUCCAACUAAGAUUGCUUAUCAGAUAUAAUAUCAGAUAUAUUAUCUCUGGUACGCGGUGUUAGGUGAAUAAUUCACCAAAUUCAUACAGUAUCCACUUUGAAAUCACAUCUUAGGCAGAUUAAAGGAAUUCCAUAUCACAUUUCAACCCGAUAAUUGUAUUGAUGAAUUAUCUCGGCUUCUCCGUAUUUUAAAAGCUAUGUAUCAAUUUUCAGUAAUUCAAUGAAUAACGCUAAAUUAUUGGUUCCCAGAGUUGAUUAAACGGGGGCCAGAAAUAGAAGCGGAAGGAUAUUUGCGGGCCAGAAGAGGAAUGCGUCUGCACGGGAUCGGUACCAGUGCUUAUAAUUAAGAUACUGUUAUACUUAAAUUGUUACCAUUUACCAAUGCAUGAACUGUGAUAAUGACGUAACAAUUGGCUGUAUCUGGAAUGCAAAAAAAGAUGAAUUGCUGCCCAUGGUUUGGGAAACACUGCGUUAAAUUACACCAUUUUAGAAAUAUCUGAAACCUGAUAUAAAUGAAAUCUCAGGCUAACGGAAUGGUGUUAGUGAUAAUCGCUACAUCUCUACGAAAUUUGUAUUCACAGCACCUCAUGUGGAAUUGUGUAGUAAAUUUGUUGCUGCAGAUUCCCUGCAAAUAUUUUCUUAUCAAAACAGUUCCAAGACAAAUAAUGAAACUAUGUCAUCUUAUUCAAUCCAGGGAAAUACGAACAAACAAAGCUGUUGGACAUCCCUAUAUAUAAAAUCUGACAAUGAUAUAAAGUAAUCAAAUAUACAUAAAUUGAGUGAUGAACAAAAACUUAACCACGUCUUGAACUAUUUUUAUAUUUUUGAGCGGGUUAAACUAUUUGAAUGCUUUUCCUGAGUGCUAGCGAGUGUAUUUAAAAAAAAACAAGGAUAAUUGGGCUGAGUCACUGUCUGGAAAUGUGUGUGAAACUCAAGUCAUCCUUAGUGUAUGUUAUAUAUAUAUUUCGUCAUACCUUUCAAUUUAGCAUAAAAAUUCGAAAUAUGUUUGGUAAUUGAGUUUCAGGAUUCUCAAAUAUUAAUUCUGUUUAUCAAUAUAUUUGGUAUGGGACAGGUUUGUUUACAAAUAAUUCUGGUUCUAAGAGUUUUCCAAAUUGAAAAUUGAUUUGUAAAAUUAUAUUAGUCUGGAAUGUGUAGGAUUGAUAUGCUAGGACAGGUAUGGGCUAUACAAGUAUGAUCCAUCUAUGAUCAUACACUGUAAAUCAUUUAAAGUGUUUUCUUUAAGUUAUUUGAAAGAUUUUGUUAUGGGAAACUGGUGUGUCAGUAUGAUAAUAACCCUACAGUCAGUGGUGGGUUGACAUGCACCUCGUCUCGGAACAGUAUUUCUCGAACUUUUCAAGCCGGGCCCCCUUUUUUUAAUUUGUCAAGUCUCACACCCCACCUCAAAAAUAUCUAGCCAAUUAUAAGCUACAAAUAACAGAUAGUAAGACGAAAGUAUGUUUCAUUCAAAAAACACAUUGAAAAUAUGUGGAUGGAACAUAAAUAAUGAAAUAAAUGAAAAGUUUUGAAAUCUAAAUAUCCAAAAUAAUGCGAGCAAGAUCAAAUCUGACAAAUAUUUUUAUUUUUAAUUAGCUUCACGCCCCCUUAAAAAAUCGUCUACACCCCUUUUGUGGGGCACACCUCAUCGUUUGAGAACCACUGUCUUAGGAUGUUGUGAUAAUCUGCGAAUCCAAUUUUGUUUUUGUAGCUAUAAAUGUAGCGUGGUUUUCCUGUUGUUUGUUAGUAAGUUUGAAUCAAAAGAAUACUCCUUCUUAAAAUUUUGAAUCCCAUUUCUGCUUACAGUUUACUGAAUUCUACUUUCGACAUGCCUUAUAGAAAAAAUAUAUAAAUGGUCACAAUGCAAAGAGUAAAAAUUUUAAACAGUUAUGCCAGUAAUGGAUGUUUCCCCGAUCCUUGACACCAGAAAAAUUCUCCCUAUACUUUACUAUUACACAAUUUUGGAGGCUCAUUUUGUGGAUGUUUUGGAAAGUUAGCACUUACUGAUUCACAUGCUUAAAACCAUCAUUUUUAUUAAAAUAUACAACCACGUGCCACUUUCAACUAUGCUUGAAUAACUGUCUGAUAGAACGAAGUGUCUAAGCGGCUGCAAAAAUUGCAAUUGUUACAUCAUCUUUGACUUGCUGAGUGGUCAUUGUUACGAGAAUUAAUAGGGAAAUUGAUGCUCGGGGAAACAUCAAUACUGAAAUAACCCAUCAGGAUAUAAAAGCAGAGGUAUCAAACUUCCAGGCAAAAUUCCAGUAUUCCAGGCAAAUUUUUCUUAAUUUUGCGAAUCUCCUCAAUGCAACUUCCUAUUCUCACUUCCUCAUAUAUUAGUUCCCAUAUUUUAGUUAUAUUGUUUCAAAGCUAUGUAAAUUGCGUGUAUGUUAUGUUUUUCUGUCUUCAGAUAAGCAGCUUCUAUUUCAGAUCAGCUAUUAUUUAUUUGAGGUCUUUAUAGAGUUUGAUUUUGGGGUUCAGCUAUUUUCUUCUCUUCUCAUUUGUAAAAUUUUCAUUAUUUAUUUCUUGUCAUUUAUUCGUUAUUCAAGUUCUAUAUGUGAUGUUUUUGUUCACCAAUUGAAUUCAACUUUUUGUUACAAUCAGUAAAUUUGAAAAUUAAAACUUGAUCAUGAGUCAUGACAUAGCUCACACAAAAUUGUAAUGGAAAAAUAUAUAACUUUUCAAUUCUGUAUUGAACGGCGAAAUUUAUGAUUUAUUUUUGUUGUUUUAAUUAGUUGUGGAAAAUUUUUCAUUCAAAAGUUUGGCACUAAUUGUUAAAAUAAAUGUAUAUUCAUAUUCCCUUAGUUGUUGAGUUCUUGUUCUGGCUUAUUCUUAGUAUUCAAUUUAUUUUGUUUCCUAGAUACAAUUGGUUAGUUAAUUAACAAGUCCAUGCAUCUGAAACGAAUAACUGGCUAACUAAUUCCAUACCCGACAUGGACUGGUAAUUGGAAAAGGAGCCGUGGUACAUACGCUAUAUGAUAAAGCUGCUUAACUCAAAGAAAACAAUGUACAUAAUUUCAUCAAAACUUCGACAUAUUUUGGGCUACUUUUAUUAAAACAUUUUUUGUAAACAAAUUCAUUUAUUUUUAUGGCAAAUUGCUUUGGACAGUAUUUGGAUGCAUGCAUGAAUUUGUGUUAAAAUCUUUCGUUUUUAAUUGCAAAGUUCAGAGUCCUUUACCAUAAAAUCCCAUUUCUAUAUCUGGAAUAUAACUAACUGUUCCUACACAAAAAUAUUGUUAAUAAAGCUGCAUCUAAAACAACCAUCCAAGAGAAUGUUUUUCAGUUGUGCAGUCCAGUUCCUUUGAAAAGGUAUCUACCAUUCAACCGUCAACCACAAAUAUGUUACAGAAAAAUUAACAGUCAUUUAGAUCAAUUUUAUCUAUCUAUUGUAACCAAUUCAUUUUGAUAGAGGACCACUGUUUAUAUCUAUUAUAGGACUAAAUUCUAGAAUAUUUUUAACAAUUUCUGAUUAUAUGAAGUUUCUUCCAAAUAGAAAAAUAUAUUUCUUACUGUUCAAUACUGGUAUAAUUAAUGAUUGUAACAUUGUUUUGUUUUCAUGUCAAAUAAUAAAUAAACACCGCCUGUUAAA